CUGGUGACCCGUGCUGAUCUUGUUACAGAAAACCGGAGAGGUCGGGACAGCUGGCGCAGCCGGACUCUCCCACGUGGAGAUGCAGCGAGUGCCGAAACGCUUGUAUGUUGGAGGGCUUGGCCAUGCGGUUUCUAAGGCUGAGCUGCAGGAAAGAUUUGGCAAGUUUGGGCACGUUUUGGAUGCGGAGAUUAUUACCAGACAAGAUGAUCAGGGGAACCCUCUGAAAGCUUUUGCUUACAUCACUGUCAAUAUUUCAGAUGCAGAUCUUAGAAAGUGCAUGACAGUUUUAAAUAAAACAAAAUGGAAAGGCGGGACACUGCAAAUUGAGUUGGCCAAAGAAAGCUUCUUGCACAGGCUGGCCAGGGAGAGGGAGGAAGCAAAGCUGCAGAAAGAAAAGCCACAGAGAAAUGGCCAAGCAUCUCUGUUAGAAUCGUUGAAAAAGGUGGGAGUUGUGGACUUCUUUAUGAAAGCAGUACCAGGUACAGAAGUGCCAGAUCAUAAGAAAUGGGUUGUUGGCAAAUUUGGAAGAGUCUUGCCUAUCCUGCACCUCAGGAGUCAACAGAAAAAGAAAAUUAUGAAAUAUGACCCAUCAAAAUAUUGCCAUAACCUUAGAAAGCUGGAGUCAGACUUGACAAAUGCCGUUCCUGUUUCUGAGCUUGCUUGGCACUUGGAAGAGAGAGGUGACAGCAUAAACCCGAAGCGGAAAGGAGAGUCACCUGCAGUGAAGAAGCCACCUAAAAAACUGAGGCAGCUGGGCAGUGAGGCUUUGAAUGGAGCAGUAGUUCUCCCCUCUGGGUGCCGGUCAAAUUCAAAAACCACAAGCUCACCACAGCUAGAUCAACGAUCAAAAUGGAAACCCAAAGGGAAGUCUAAAUUGCCUCCAUUGAGGAGUCUUAAUAGUAAAGUAUCUGGGAGAGGCAUAUUACCAGAUGAAAGCAAUGUUUCUGGUGUUACACUUCAAAAUAAUAUGAGUGUUUCUGAGAGUGAUAUUGAUUCUGAAGAGGAAAUCAGAGCCAUGGUAGAGAGAGAAGUACAUAAAGCUGAAACUGGCAAGGCUGAAAGUGACCACUUGGAAAUUGCUGGGGACAAUUUUGAAUUAAAAUACAGUAGUUACUGGUCCUUAAGCAAUCCAGAUGCCAUGAAGCAAGCUAUCAAAGGAAGCUUUAGAGAGAAAAAGAUAAUGGAAUGUGAUAAUGGUUAUCAGUCAGCAGAUACAGAUGAAAUUAUUGCUAAAAGUAAAACUCCACAUCUACAUAACAAGAACUCUACAGUUUUAGAUGAUUGUAAACCGGUGAAGGUGGAAAAUGAAGACAUCUUAACUGAGAAAAAAAGUGAUUUUGUAAAUAAAUCCUCAGUAAAAACUCAUAAUUUAAAAGAAUAUGUGGAAAAAAAAGGCAAAAAGAAAAAAUCCCAAACUGCUGCCUUGCAGAGCACAGCAGGUAACAGUACAACAAAGACAAGUGAUAGUGAAAGCUCUUGUUCAGAUCCUGAGAAAGAGGAGUCUGAAAGCAGUUUAGAUUAUGAAUGCAUGAUGCAAAACUGUUACCACUUAGACAUUACACUGGAUGACUUACAAGCAUUAGCUACUGCAACACGUGGAGAAGAAUUAGACAGUACAUGGAGCUCUAGUCAGUGUGGUGUUGAAGAAUAUCCUAAGGGUAAUGUUGGAAAUAAAACAAAGCUUUCAAAAUUUUGCCCUGCAGUUAGGAAAAAAUGUAUCUGUCCUGAAGAUGUAGUUGCUGCGAUUUUGGCAGGGGAGGAUGCUGCUGAUGAAGCAAGUUUCAAGGAACAAAAUAAUUUGCAUUUGAAAUAUCAGCCCUUCAGAGGAUUGGGGUCCCUUUGUGAAAAAGAGUUACCCGGGGACAGCACUGGUUUAGAGAAGAGGUUUGUAGAAAGAUUAGAUCUUGAAGCUUGUGUUUCUUCCUGUGGGGAGGAGUCAUCUCAAAGACAGCGAAAGAACCAUCAAGUGUAUUCAGUUGAACUCAGCAGUAAAAAGCAACAAAAUGUGCGUUGUGAACUGCACGAGGAACUGUCACAUGCUGCGUCAUUUGCAGACGAGAGAGGUCAGCCUGUGUUCAGGCUGCACUUGCAAGGAAAGAACAAAGAUGCGAGUUCUGCACUAUCCAAGCAAUACUCAGAGCAUGGAGAUGCUGCUGCUCGUACUCUUCAGAGUGAAGACCCGAGCAGCAGUGUGGAUAGUAAUGCUGCAGUGUCACAGAAACACACUGAACAACUGAAAAGCCCCAGACUACUUUCAAAACAAUCGAAGCAGGAUGUAAGCAACCAAAAUCCAGAAUGUGAAGCUGAUAAACGUGAAGAUGGGAAGAGAAGCUUUCUGGAAAAUAAAGAGCUUUGUCUUCAUGCUAGUGCUUCAAAGGAACGUAGACCAGAAAAGAAACAGUUGCAGGAUAACCAAAGGAGGCUAGCAGCUCUAGGGGAGAGACAGAGAGAGAGAGAGUUACAGAAGAAACUCAUUCAAGGAGCUCUCUCCAAUCUGGAUAGCCAGCCAGCAGGCAAGCAUAAACACGUGAUAUUUCAUUCAGAUGUGGAAAGUGAAGCUGAAGUAGAUGAGACAUUGAAGAAAGAUGCCAGUUUGGGAAAUAUGCAUGAGGACGAUGGAUCUGCUCCUAAAACCUUGGGCAGACUGUUCGACAGCAGUGAGGAUGAGCAAGAUGAUGUGGAUGCUGAGAGAUUCAAAAUUAAGCCCCAGUUUGAAGGCAAAGCUGGUGAAAAACUCUUGAAAUUGCAGUCACGACUUGGCACGGAUGAAAGAUUCCGCAUGGACGCUCGAUUCCUUGAAAGUGACAGUGAAGAAGAAGCAGAGACAAACAUCUUGAAGGCAGAUGAGGAAGAAGAGCUCGCUGCAGAGAAAAAGAAAAAUCUGGAAAUCCUGGGAAGUCUCUUUAAUGUCAACCUGGAACACCCUAAGCUGACGAAGAAGGCCACAAGUGCUAAGAAAUUCAGAGAUAUUAAUGCCCUCCGCUAUGAUCCCACAAGAGAGGACCAUGUAGUUUUUGAAAGGAAACGAAGUGCUACAGAACAAGAGAGUAAAGCUAAAAGGAAGAGGGAGAGGGAAGAGAGUGAGAAACUGCCAGAAGUGUCUCAAGAAACGUAUUAUGACAUUGCUGUUGAUUUAAAAGAGUUGUUUGGCUCUUCAAAGAGCAAAUCACACAAAAAUGAAGAAACACCCUGGGACAAAGAUGAUGUGGAGGACUCUACCCCACCUGACCACUUGGGACCUAAUGUCAGGAGUAACGUAGCUGAGGAGUCUGGUGGUUUCAAGUUUUCCUUCUUUGGAGAUACGGAGGAGUCAGGCAUGAAAGGAGAGCCCUACAUACUUGAAACAAUAAAACCUGUGAAAGUCAAAUGGCAAGAAGAUCCACGUUUCCAAGACAGCAGUUCUGAGGGUGAUGAUGAACCAGAGGCAUCAGAAAGCAAAAGGGACAAAGAAAUUUUUUUCUCUUUACCACAGACAGAACGUGCUAGAUCUUUCUUCUUCUCCAAAGAUGAUGAACGCCUAAGAGGGGGCCCGAAGUUAUUUUGUAAAUCGGUAGACCUCAGUGAAGAAAGAGAUGGUUGGGAAGACAGGCGUAGAUUAUUGCUUGAGGAAUGCCGGAGGAAGCAUAAGGAUGCAAGAAGAAAAGUGAAAGCAAAACAGUAAAUAUUUCUGAUCUUACUGGUCAGAUAAGACCAGUUUUGUGUUUCUUCUUUGGAGAAGAUGCAGAAGAAAUUUAGUU